AUGUACGAUGUCGGUAUCUCGGAUAACCAUCUCCAAAGCAUGAUCACGGGAUGCGUUGUUCUGGAAAGUGUUUCAAUGCACAUCAUGGGAUUUGGUCGCCUUUGCAUCACAUCCUUGACUCUCAGGAGCAUCACCUUCUACGGACCUUCAAAAGGGGAAGGUGCCGUCACUUUCCAGGAGCUGGUCAUUGAGGACGCCCCUUUCCUUGAGAGAUUGGUAACACUUUAUCCAUAUUGUAGUCCUGCGACCAUCCGCAUAAUCCAGGCACCUAAACUGGAGAUACUUGGGUCGUUAUCUCAAGGCAUAUCCACACUCGACACUGAAACCGCUUUCUCUGUUCAGAAAAUGGUUGCUGUCAGCUUGACAUCCAAAAUGCACACGGUGAAGAUUUUGGUUCUCGACUCUAUCGGUCCUAAUCUUGAUUCGGUUGUUGACUUCCUCAAGUGCUUCCCUUGCUUGCAGAAGCUGUAUAUAUUUCCACAUCGAGGAAAUUAUGUUAAUAAUGUGCAGGAGUAUGACCCACUUGAUCCAAUGGAAUGUCUUGAAGUCCAUCUGAGAACAGUUGUGUUGAGGAAUUACAAUGGUUACACGAGGCCAGUAAUUGACUUUGCCAGGUUCUUUAUUUUGAAUGCAAAAGUGCUAGAGGAAGUGGAAAUCGGAGUAUUCAGCCACCGCAAGGACAGAUGCUUGCGCCGUCAAGGUAGAGAGCUACAAGUGGAGAAUAGAGCUUCUCGAGAUGCACAAAUUGGACUAAAGAUGGAUGAAGAAACUAUUUUGAAACACCAUGACCGUACCCAUGAUUUUUCAAUGGCUGAUCCCUUUGAUAAGCCCGGUGGACGCUUGAUACAUAUGUUCUAG